AUGGCCACAGCCGCCACGGUGCUGUGGGACUGGACGAAAAAGCACAUCCGCGGGGCCAAGGAAAGCGCGUGUCUGGCUGCUGGCGCGCCAAAGACGAAGGGCGCCAGAGUCGAGACUUGCAAGCCGGCUUCCCAGAAGGCCAGUCGCCACUUGCCUGCCCCGGACUGGUCGGAUGCUUGGCCAGUUCCACGUGGUCAACGCUUGAAACGGCGCUUCGGAACGCCGCUCCGGCACCAGCACCUCCCCGCCCUUGUCCCCACCACAGCGGCUGCUCCCCGGGGGGGUGGGGACGGGAUGAUGGCGGCGGGCCAGCGCAACAUGGCGCCUUCCGAGCUGUCGGGCGCGGCGCUUCCGGGGCGUCUGGGAUGCCCGGCCUUGGACCUCACUGGCUCAUCCUUCCGGGGCAGGAGCCUUCGGCUGCGCAGAGCGGCGCGCACCCGGCCCAUCAGGUUCGCCCGGAUCGCGGCGCUGCCGGUUGUGCAUCGCAGGGCGCUAGGCAUCGUCGAUGCCUCUCGACAGGGCAGCGGUUUGGCGCUUCCGAGAACCACCGCGACAUGGCACGCUCGCGUGGAUGCCUGCGUGACCCAGUGGUCAACUGCCCGUCUCGUUGAGGCUGUCAUCGAGAAGCCGGUAUUUUCGGAAACAGCCAGAGAGAGUCAGACACAGCGACUUAUCGCGAACACCGUUUCGGCUGUCAUCCUUGGCGGCGGUGCUGGCUCACGCCUUUACCCACUGACCAAGUCACGUGCUAAGCCUGCUGUCUCUAUCGGCGGAGCAUACCGCCUUGUGGACAUUCCCAUCAGCAACUGCAUCAACAGCGGCAUCAACAAGAUCUACGUCCUGACGCAGUACAACUCCACCUCCCUCAACCGGCAUGUGGGUCGAACAUACAACCGAGGAAUCACAUACACAGGGAAACGCAACAUGGGCUAUGUGGAGGUGUUGGCAGCUUCCCUUGCGCCUGGUCAAGGGCACGCUUGGUUUCAAGGGACAGCAGAUGCUGUGCGUCGGUACACAUGGAUACUGGAUGAUGUGAGAAACAGGAAGAUGCAGCACAUAGUCAUACUUUCUGGCGAUCACCUCUACCGAAUGGACUACAUGUCAUUUGUUAUGGAGCAUGUCAACAAGAAUGCAGACAUCACGAUUGCUGCCAUACCCUGCGGGGUUGAUAGAGCAUCUGACUUUGGGCUGAUGAAGGUUGAUGACAUGGCAAGGGUUGUGGACUUUGCCGAGAAGCCCAAGGGAAGCGCACUGGAGGCGAUGAAGGUCGACACAGCCAUUCUUGGUUUGGAUCCUCAGAGGGCUGAAGAGAUGCCAUUCAUCGCAUCGAUGGGCGUUUACGUGUUCAAGAAGGACGUGCUCCUGGACCUUCUGAACAACAAAUUCCAGAAUGCUAACGACUUUGGGAAUGAGAUCAUUCCUGGUGCCAAAGAAGCGGGCUACUACUUGAACGCAUAUCUUUUUGAUGGCUACUGGGAGGACAUUGGGACCAUCAGUUCGUUCUUCGAUGCCAACUUGGCCCUCACAGCUGACUCGCCGGCAUUCGAAUUCUACGACCCUGAGUCGCCCAUAUACACAUCGCCGCGGGGCCUGCAGCCAACGAAGAUCGACGAUUGCAAAAUCACAGAGGCACUGAUCAGCCACGGGUGCAGCAUCCAGCAGUCCACCAUACACCACUCUGUGAUCGGGCUCAGAAACGUGAUUGGACGUGGUUGCAUCAUCAAGGACGCCAUGAUAAUGGGUGCCGACUUUUACGAAGGUGAACAGGAGCGGCAGGCCAAGCUGGCUGAGGGGGGUGUGCCUCUGGGCAUCGGCGACAACACAGUAAUAUGCAACGCCAUCGUUGACAAGAAUGCGAGAGUGGGCAAGAACUGUAAGAUCAUCAACAAGGAGGGGGUGGAUGAGAAGCAGUGCGAGGAUGAGGGAUACAUUAUUAGGUCAGGGAUUGUGGUCAUCUUGAGUAGGGCGGUCAUACCUGACGGCACAGAGAUUUGA